AGGAAUCCGGAGAGAUUCCAGCGUGCAGGACUCGGAUUGGAAUCUGUAUCAUAUCUGCGUCUUCAUUCCCAUCCCUAUCUAUACAAACUCUACCUCCUCCUUUAACGUAAUUUGAUUCUCUCAUUUUUCCCAUCUUCUUCCCUGAAUUCAUUCCAUUCCAGUUCCACAGCCGCAGCUAAAGAAAACUCAAUCUUGAUCGGAGAGAAUGGCUCUGAGCAUGAAGCAAAUGUCUCUAAUCGUGGCCUUUUUCGGCCUUCUUUCCUUCAUCCUUGGAAUAAUCGCCGAGAACAAGAAGCCUGCUUCUGGAACUCCAAUUACGGGGAAAGAUGUGGUUAUUUGUAACUAUCCUGCCGAUCCGACCGUCGCUCUGGGGUCUCUGUCGGUUGUAUUCCUGGUGGCGACAACCGUCACCGGCUGUUAUUCUCUGUUCUACCCUUACAAAGGGAAAUCUGUGCCGCAAUCCGUUCUCUUCCGAAGCACCAGUUUCGCUGUCUUCUUCAACGUUGCCUUGUUUAGUUCUGGUUUGGCUUUGACUCUGCUUUUGUGGCCAACAAUCACGGAGCAGCUUCACUUGUCCGGCAAUGUUCAUCAUAACCUGAACACAGAUUGUCCUACAGCGAAGACUGGCCUCCUGGGUGGGGGUGCUUUUGUAUCGCUUGAUUCAGCUCUCUUCUGGUUAGUUUCACUGAUGUUGGCUGACAAUGCUCGGGAGGAUCACUUUGAUGACUCUGAGGAAGGCCUAAAGACUGGUGUCUAAGGUGUUUGAUGAUCGUCUAGCUUUAUAAUUGAAGUAAUUGUCUCUCCAUGUUUUUUAUUCUUUUUCCUGGUCUCCAUAUUUGUCUCUCCAUGGUUAAGACUAUCCUAUUUCACAGUAAUAAAUUAUUUGGUUGUACAUAUUUGGUCAUCUCGUUAUUAUUUGUUCUCCCUUAAGUAUGUGAUUCUGCUAUUUGAAAAAAAAUGGUUUGUAAAGAAAAUGAAAUUGGAGAGAAGUUGCAGUCUUCCUGCUCUUCUCAAUCAAGACUUAUCUUUUAG